CUUUACUUUCCUUACCAAAUCAAAACCCAACAGCCGCCGCCAUGGAAGCUUGCUUUCUCUGUUCUUCAUCAUCUUCCUCAAACAAUCUCCUACCUUUUGCCCAUUCACUUACACGCAAAUUCAUCUCCCAUUCACUUCCGAUCAGAAAUCUCAAGAACCGUACCCAUCUCGUCACAUGUUGUCAGAUGGGUGCAUCUCGUGGGGACGAAGAACAUCUGGGUCCGAUCAUUAAUUCCGAUUGGCGUUCAUUUAGGGCAAAGUUAGUCAUUGAGGAAAGACGAUCCAUUCAGAACCAGUCUCAAUUGGGUUCACCCUCCACAAGCGAUCUGACCAUCGCGGACAAAUGGGUUCACGCGAUUCACGAACCCGAGAGAGGCUGUCUGUUAAUCGCGACGGAGAAGCUAGACGGGGUUCAUAUAUUCGAAAGGACUGUAAUCCUACUGUUAUCAAUGGGACCGGUGGGUCCAACCGGGAUAAUACUGAACCGGCCUUCAUUGAUGUCAAUCAAGGAAACGAAAUCAACGGCGUUGGAUGUUCAGGGGACUUUCUCCGACCGGCAGCUGUUCUUCGGCGGGCCGUUGGAGGAAAGCGUGUUUUUAGUGAGAGAGAAGGCCGGCGGUGGCGGUGGCGAUGGCGAUGGCGUUGGAAGGAGCGGCGUUUUCGAUGAGGUGAUGAAAGGGAUUUAUUAUGGAACGAAGGAGAGCGUUGGAUGUGCGUCGGAGAUGGUGAAGAGGAAUGUGGUUGGCGUUGACGAUUUUAGGUUUUUUGAUGGAUAUUGUGGAUGGGAGAGAGAACAAUUGAGAGAUGAAAUUGGAUCUGGUUAUUGGAAUGUUGCUGCUUGUAGCCCAUCUGUUAUUGGACUUUCAACUAUUGGAACUAUUGGGCUUUGGGAUGAGGUUCUUGGACUUAUGGGUCAGAAAAAAGUCUCGUGAAUUUAAAGCCCAAAACUUUCUCAUUAUUAAACUAAACAUCUUGUAACAUAUUUUAAAUUUGUAACACGUGCUAAUGGUAAAUUUAACGGGGUCAUAUUGAAAUAUUAUUCUGUUA